GUGCCGGUCUUGUCUAUUAUGGACAAUGUAGCUUUCCUACUAAACGGAGGCCUCAGCCAUGAUGCAGAAGCAUAUCUAAUCAAGAUACUGAGCUAUGUCAUCUUUGCAUUUGCUUUCUUGAUUUUCGUAGAUCGCGAUAACGAGGCUCCCUACGGACGCUAUGCAGUGCAAUAUAAAGGAUGCUGUGGCUGUCAAAUCAAUUCUAGAAUAGGAUGGUUUGUUCAAGAGCUUCCCAGCCUUUUUAUUCCGAUUUUGUGCCUGCUGCUGGUGAAUGAGGAGACAUCCAAGAUAAAUAAUGGAUUGACUGCUAAUUCAAUUUUAUUGGCAUGCUUCAUUGUUCAUUAUAUUCAUAGAGCACUCAUCUACCCAUUGCUAAUUCGGGGCAACUCACCAAUAACUUGUUUCACAUUCUUCUUUGCUAUUGUUUUUUGCUUUGUGAAUGGAUAUGUCCAAGGUCGACAUCUCACUGCAUUUGCUUCCUACCCUGAAGAAUGGCUGUAUGACCCACGCUUCAUCAGUGGGAUUGUCCUGUUCUUUAUUGGGAUGGCAGUCAACAUUCAUGCAGACCACACUCUGAGAAAUCUAAGAAAGACAGGUGAAAAGGGAUACAAGAUACCUAGAGGUGGCUUAUUUGAGUAUGUCUCUGGUGCAAAUUUCUUUGGUGAAACUGUUGAGUGGAUUGGAUAUGGCCUAGCCAGUUGGUCUUUGGUUGGGCUGACCAUCCCAAUUAUAACAAUAAGCAACACAUUACCAAGAGGCAUUCAUCAUCACAGGUACUAUCUAGAAAAAUUUGAAGAUUACCCAAAAAAGAGGAAGGCGAUCAUUCCAUUCAUCUUGUAAAGAACUGCGUACAUGUUGAAGAUAUCAACGAGCGACUGUUAUUGCCUAGUUGUGCAACUUAAUUCUAUAAUGAGUGUCUUUUAUCAUUAUCAAA